AUGGCCCAGGUCCCAGGAGUGGAGGUGGGUGGUGACGGUCGAUCUCCAAGGGCUGCCCAGGCCCUGACAGUGUCAGGGUGUGAAGUUCCUCCUCUGAGGAGGGUCACGGCUCUGACCUCGCCCCCGUCUUCCUGUGGGGCCUCCUCCAAGUCCUGCAGCUCUCAGUUCCCGAGAGAAGAACGUCGAGGAACAGCCUUUCCCCAGCGGGCCCUGGGACCUGCGCCCGGACAUGCUGCUGCUGCUGCUGGCCCUGCUCUGGGGGAGGGCGGGGGUGCAGGGACAGGGAGGGUACGGGGAAGGUUACACGCUGCGAGUGCAGAGUGUGGUGACGGUGCAGGAGGGGCUGUGCGUCCACGUGCCCUGCUCCUUCUCCUACCCCCGGGACGGCUGGAACCACUCUGACCCUGUUCAUGGCUGCUGGUUCCGGGAAGGGCCCAAAUCACACCAGGAGGCUCCGUGGCCACAAACGACCCAGCUAGGAAAGUGCAGGGGGAGACCCAGGGCCGAUUCCACCUCCUCGGGGAUCCCGGGAGGAACAACUGCUCCCUGAGCAUCAGAGACGCCACAAGGAGGGACCAGCAGUUAUACUUUUCUCGGGUGGAGCGAGGAACAGUGAAAUGGAACUAUGUUCACCACAAGCUCUUUGUACACGUGACAGGGACCUCCACGCUGCCACAUCUUUCUGUCCCAGGUGCUCCACAGAACCUGGCCGUCAGCAUCUUCCAAGGAAACUGCACAGCCCUCAGGGCCCUGCAAAACACCUCGUCCCUCCCCGUCCUGGAGGGCCAGGCUCUGCGGCUGCUCUGUGCUGCUGACGGCAACCCCCCUGCUCACCUGAGCUGGUUCCAGGGGUCCCCAGCCCUGAACGCCACCCCCAUCUCCAGCACUGGGAUCCUGGAGCUGCCCCGAGGGGUGUCUGCAGAAGGAGGAGAAUUCACCUGCCCGGCCCAGCACCCCCUGGGCUCCCGGCUCCUCUCUCUGAGCCUCUCUGUGCACUGGAAGCCAGAGCCUGGGGGAGGAUUCGCGCUGGGGGCCGUGGUGGGGGCUGGUGUCACUGCCCUGCUGUCUCUCUGCUGCUGCCUGGCCUUCCUCAGGGCGAAGACCUGCAGGAAGGACGCACCUUCCGCCCUGGGUCCCGUCUCCCAGGAUGCCAGAGAGAUCUCCUCAAAAUAAUCAUUGUCUACUUGAAAGCUCGGGGGUCCCCGAG